AGGCCUGAAUAAAGAUAUAGCAGACAGAACCAGGUAUGCCAACCUGACCAAAGUCAGGCUAACAAAGGUUUGUGGGUAAUCCCUGAGUGGAAAAUGCUGAAAAAGCAGCAUGUCUCACAAGCGCUGGGAAAAAGUGAGAUAAGAGAAAAGCUGCAUUCCUGGCAUAGUACCAGAUGUGCUGUGAGAGGGCAGAUCCUUCGAAGAACUGAUAAGAGCCCUAGCUUCCCAGCCUCCUUGUUUUCACUCCCUGGUUUUGUUCUUUGUUGUUUUUAACUCCCCUACAUUUCUAACUUUAGCCAUGCAUGUAUACUAAAGGUGUCUAGUUUCUAGUUGUUAGAAGAAGGGGGUGGGUUGCUCCAGUGAAUAAUUUAUGACGCGACGGAACUGUCUAUAUAGGCUUAUACUAAGAUGUAAAGGGGGGGGCUGGUUCUCUCUGGAGACGAGCUGCUCUCUAUUGAUGCGUGCACUUGUCAAUAAAGAGCUUUUGAUCGGACCUUGCUGGUGUUGCCUGUCUCUCUUGCGGUCAGACAACGAACUUUGCCGUCGGGGUUAGAGUCCCUGACAUCUUUGGCGACUCCGCUGGGACCCGUCUGACUCUCCGGCGGGGGAUCGGACCCUGAGGCAACGCUGCGCGCAUCCUCCGGUUUAGAGGAGCCUUGCCUGGUGAUCUGAUCUCUGCGUCGGCGAUAAGGCGUGUUCUGUGAACCAGCUGAAGCUCGUAGAAAUCCAGCAACGUCCACCUACCCUUUGAGUAGGGUCCAGGUUGUCGGGGUUAGAGUCCCUGACAACUUAGGUCUGGGUUAGAGUCCCAGUCCAGGUUUGCGCAGGAUCCAAGUUGUCUGGGUUAGAGUCCCAGCCUGGGUUUGAGUCCAGUCCAGGUGUUCGAGUCCCUGGAGAGGUGAUUCUGUGUGGGUAAAAGCAUACAAGAAGACUCCGCUCCAACCGCAGUGGCUGGGACCGUUUGAGAUCCUUCUAGUAAGCCCUACUGCCGUCCGAGUGAAGGAGCUACCUACUUGGAUUCAUCAUACCAGGAUCAAGAGGAGCACCGCUUGGGAACCUGACCUGGUAAAGGGUUCCCCAGAAGCAGACGACGUCGGACUUCGAGGGAGCCACACACGUUCACUCCACCGCGAACCGGGUGAGCCAGAAGCAGACGACUUCCUUGCCCAGGACAUAUGGACUGUUACCCCAUUGGGUGACCUGAGGCUAAAGCUCAAAAAGAAGUAUACUGGUGCCCAUUUUCCAAGGAAUGGCAACGAAUAGUCGCUUGGGGAAUUGGUGGGCUUAUUUGUGUAUUGUUUGUUGUUUUUCUUUUUUGGUUGUUAAAUUAACUAAGGGAUAUGAACAUAAUGCUUUUAUUCGCUUUGCUCAUGAAAUGAAAGCCCGCAUGCCAGCACUAGAUAAUAUUUCAUGUUGGGUAUGCUCCUUGAUGCCAGUAGAUAGUCACCGAGGUCUUCCCAUGAUUCCCAUACCUCUUAGCCCUAUGAAUAUGACAUGGACUCCUUCUCGGAAGGACUCCUCAGGAUUGCAAAACCUAACCUGGGCAGAUUCAGGAAUCCUGAUUAAUAGAUACCUUACAGUGUGGAAGCGACCUGGUGAGUGGUGCUUCCUGGGCUCAGGAAAGGUGCCUGUAGGAGUUAGCAAUUGUAAAGCCUAUUUUAAUGGAACCCAUUUUGGUAACAGCCGUGGCCCUAAUUGUACUCUUGUACAAGGGUCACCCCGGCCUGGAAAGUCUUGGUAUGUUUUCCCUGCUAAUUUCUGCAGCUUGUUUAAUCGGCGGGUAUUGGAUAAACCUCAUAGGUUUACCAUUAUACGUUGUGUUGUAGCAUCAGACCUAUCACAUACCAAUUGCACCGCGGUGCUGAAGCAUUCGGAAAUUAUUCGCAUACACUGUAUAAAAAGGCAUUCUUUUAAUUCUUCAGGUACAGAGUACUCUGUGUGUCAGUGCAUUGAUAAUGCUACUAAUAGUUUUCGUGGUCUCUCUGCCUGGACUGGAUGGUAUUAUAAAUCUCAAUAUACUGCAUUUAGUAUAUCUAAUCCCUUGUUUGGAGUCUAUUGGGUUUGUGGAGAAAAGGCUUAUUUGAGCUUGCCUGUCUCCUGGAAGGGGUCAUGCUAUUUGGCCUGGUUAGAACCCCCUGUCCUCUACCGAGAUCACCUUCCUUCUGGACGAUUAAGAAAUGUGCGAGAUGCCAGGGAAGAUGUCGCCAGGUCUCGACCCCUUACCUGGAAAGCACUUAAUGAUUGGACAGGAACUUGUGCAGCCCUUUUCUUUGCAUGUGGAGGUGCUACUUACCGUAUAGGGGAAGGUAUAAUAAGAUUACAAGGAGUAUUAGAAACAAUGGCUAAUAAUACUGGUGAAGCCUUCAUUGAUCUGGCCACCGAGCAAAAACAGAUUAGGCAAAUGGUUCUUCAAAAUAGAAUGGCUUUGGAUAUUUUGUUAGCCUCACAAGGAGGAACAUGUGCCUUAAUAGGACAAGAAUGUUGUGUAUAUAUUCCUGAUGUUUAUAACACUACAUGGGAGAGAGCGAAACAUCUUGAAAAAAUUGCAAGGGAUUAUGGAGGAAACCAACCCAGCGGGAACUCCUGGUGGAGUGACUUAUUUAGCUGGUUGCCUGAUGUAGGUGGAUGGCUACAUAAUUUGCUUAAAAGUGCUGCCAUUAUCAUUUGUGGAUUUUUGUUGCUUUAUGUAAUUAUAAGGUGUGUAUGCUGUGUGGGAGCUCAACUAUGUAAAGAAGCCCCCAGAGUUAAAAGGCCUGGCCAGGUAGUGAACCCCCGAUACAUAUAAAUAAAUGUGUCCCAAGAGUCUCAUUAUGGUCCUCUAGGGACAAAGGGGGGAUUGUUAGGCCUGAAUAAAGAUAUAGCAGACAGAACCAGGUAUGCCAACCUGACCAAAGUCAGGCUAAUAGAGGUUUGUGGGUAAUCCCUGAGUGGAAAAUGCUGAAAAAGCAGCAUGUCUCACAAGCGCUGGGAAAAAGUGAGAUAAGAGAAAAGCUGCAUUCCUGGCAUAGUACCAGAUGUGCUGUGAUAGGGCAGAUCCUUCGAAGAACUGAUAAGAGCCCUAGCUUCCCAGCCUCCUUGCUUUCACUCCCUGGUUUUGUUCUUUGUUUGUUUUUAACUCCCCUACAUUUCUAACUUUAGGCAUGCAUGUAUACUAAAGGUGUCUAGUUUCUAGUUGUUAGAAGAAGGGGGUGGGUUGCUCCAGUGAAUAAUUUAUGACGCGACGGAACUGUCUAUAUAGGCUUAUACUAAGAUGUAAAGGGGGGGCUGGUUCUCUCUGGAGACGAGCUGCUCUCUAUUGAUGCGUGCACUUGUCAAUAAAGAGCUUUUGAUCGGA